CCGUGACAGCGGGUGAAGGGAGUAGGCGGCCAUUUUGUCGGCCAGGAGCAGCAGCGAGUAAGGAGGAAUUUUAUUCCUAGUCCGACCCGUUCCUUCCUCCGGUCGUCUAAGCACUGAUUUUUUGGGGGUAAUUAUUUAUUUAAGCACCGCGUGGAGUUCGGGGUGCGGCGGGUUUGUGAUUUUAACUCCCCGAGAUGAGUUCGGUGGACAUCCGGAAGCUGAAAGUGAAUGAGCUGAAGGAGGCGCUGCACAAGCGGGGCCUCGACACAAAGGGCCUCAAGGCUGACCUGCAGGAGCGGCUGCAGGCCGCACUCGACCGCGACGCCGCCGAGGCGGCGGAGGAGCAGGAAGUCGUCGCGGAUGUUGCCAGCGACGGGCACUCGCGGGAGGAGAAGACGGAAGAGCCGGCGACGAGGGCCUGUGAGGGUGAUGGUACUGAUGCUCAGGAUCCAGGCUAUGGUGGAGCCGUGAACUCCUUUAAUCAAUGCAAUAAUCAAAGCAAUGAUUUUGGAAGGUCCAGGCAAGAAAGUGUCGAGAGACCAGCCACCGAGCAGGCACCAGUAAAGCAGGAAUUUCAACCAGUUACAGUAAAAGAGGAACCUGUGGAUCAAGCGGCAGUCAAACAGGUGAUACCACCAACUAGAAAGAGACCCUUUGCAGACCAAGGGCAUGGAUAUUAUGAAUACCGAGAGGACAGGAGUUAUGCUCGCAGAGCAAAAUCUCCCCAGCCACCUGCCGAGGAUGAUGAAGAAGAAAUUGAUGAAUCUUCGGUGACAAUUGAUACUUAUAACUGUGAUCUGCACUUUAAAGUAGCUAGAGACCGCUUGAGUGGCUACCCCUUGACUAUUGAAGGAUUUGCAUAUCUGUGGUCAGGAGCACGAGCAACAUAUGGGGUCAACAAGGGGAGAGUUUGUUUUGAAGUUAAGAUUAAUGAAGAAAUUCCAGUUAAACAUCUCCCUCCAACUGAGCCUGAUCCUCAUGUGGUUCGUGUUGGUUGGUCGCUUGACUCGUGUAGUAUGCAGUUAGGUGAAGAGGAAUUCUCGUAUGGGUAUGGAGGGACAGGAAAGAAGUCAACAAGCUGCAAAUUUCAGGACUUCGGAGAACGAUUUUCUGAAAAUGACGUGCUGGGGUGCUUAAUUAACUUCGAAGUUGGUGAAGACGUGGAGAUGUCCUUUACCAAGAACGGAAGGUGGCUUGGUGUUGCGUUCAGGGUCAAAAAAUCAGCUCUUGCUGGACGUCCAUUGUUCCCACACGUGUUGUCAAAAAAUUGCGCUGUUGAGUUCAACUUUGGCCAGAAGGAUCCCUGGUGCAGAAUUCCUGAUGGGUUCACAUACAUUCAGCAUGUGCCCUUAGAUCAACGGAUGCUAGGCACAUCAGGACCAAAGACAAAGGCAGAGUGUGAAAUCCUGAUGAUGGUUGGACUCCCUGCAGCAGGGAAAACAACGUGGGCUGCAAUGCACGCAGCCAGCAACCCAUGGAAGAAGUACAACAUCCUCGGUACAAAUGCCAUCAUGGAGAAGAUGAAGGUGAUGGGGCUUCGACGUCAACGCAAUUAUGCUGGCCGUUGGGACGUCCUAAUUCAGCAAGCUACCCAGUGCUUGAACCGUCUUAUCCAGAUCGCUGCUCGCAAGAAACGCAACUAUAUUCUUGACCAGACAAAUGUUUAUGGAUCAGCACAGAGACGAAAAAUGCGUCCUUUUGAAGGGUUUCAACGCAAGGCUAUUGUAAUUUGUCCCACGGAUGCCGAUUUAAAAGAACGGACAAUAAAACGCACUGAUGAGGAAGGAAAGGAUGUGCCUGAUCAUGCAGUUUUAGAAAUGAAAGCGAACUUCACCCUGCCAGUCGUAGAUGAUUUCCUAGAAGACGUGACUUACGUCGAGCUUCAGAAGGAGGAGUCCGAGAAGCUGGUGAGCGAGUACAACGAGGAAGGGAAACGGGCCAUCCCUCCCCCUGAGAAACGCUUUGACAACCGGUCUUCUGGCUUCCGAGGCCGAGGAAACUUCAACCGAUUUGAUAAUCGUGGCGGGCAGGGAUCUCGUGGCUUUAACCGUGGUGGAUUCCGUGGAGGUUACAACCGUGGAAGUAACCCUCCGAACCGCUGGCCCAGCAACAACAACAACAACCGUGGCACCUACAAUCGGACUCACAGCUACAACAUGGCGCGAGCACCAACCUACAACAAGACCACCUAUAAUCAGAGCAUGCCAACGCCAGUCGCGCCGACAACGACACCGGCUCCUGCGCCACCUCCGCCACCACCAGCACCGGCUCCUGCACCACCAGCACCGGCGCCAGCUCCAGUGACGUAUGGGCAGACCUACGGCCAGGGCUACAAUCAGGCAUACAAUCCUAGUUACAACUAUGGCACCUACAGCAGCUAUGGGAACUACAGCCAAGGCUACACUCAACCCCAAACUGCCACACAAACCUACAGUCAGCAGUAUCCAAACCAGUACCAGCAGUACGCUCAGCAAUGGAGCCAGUAUUACCAGAGCCAGAAUCAGUGGAAUCAAUACUAUGGGAACUACAACUACGGGAAUUACUCAGGAGGAUCGCAGAGCUCCGGCACGCAGUAGAACCAAUGCUGAAGCUAUUAUCCAAACCAUUUUUUAAAAGAUUAAACACAAAAUAAUUCUAUGAGCAGUCAGUUGUAAAAAGGUUUUAAAAGCUCUGUUUGGGUGUGUGAUACACCUCAAUUUUCUGGCAUUUUGUGUCAUAUAGUAGUAGUAAUUGUAAAAUUAAAGAAAAGAUGCAAAAGAAAGAAUCAAAAAUUUAAGAUUCUGAGAUGUUUAAUGUAAUGACGUCUUUUUAGAUUUUUAUGUAACUUUUUACUGUCAGUAAGCUAUUUUGUCAAGAUAACUAAUGACAAAACUUCAAAAACAAUUGGGUGACACUUUGAACAUGUUAACUUUUUUAUAUAAUGUAUAAGGUUUAUGUCUGCUUGUGCUUUUCUGUUGAGUCUGUUUGAAACCUGCUUUUGUAUCUGGGAUAAAGUUAAGAGUUAACAACCUUACAAAGCUUUUGGUGUUAUUGCUCUCAAUUAUGUCUUAUCAAAUUUUGUGUUUGCGUGGUAUGUAAUUAAGGGCCCAACAAAUUAUUUGGAACAUUUUUAGUAUUGUAUUGACAUGAAGUGACAAGGAAUGUUCAGAACUAUCUCUAAAACUGCAGCAGCUCCAGAAUUUGUACAAUACUAAGACAGGAAGUCACAUCACUAAACAAACACUCCAUAUUAUGUACAAACAUAAACACUUCACAAUAUCUCUCAGGCAGUUUGCUUUCUAUCACUUUCAGUUUCGCCAGUAAACUGAAAGAAUUGUCUUCCAUCUCUCAAAGUUGACAAAACAUUCUGUUAAUAAAACAAAUCUGCCUA